CCUGCCCCUACCUCAGCCCUAAAGGAAUGACAGCCAGGUUCCUGGGGAGGGCAGUUCCACUUCCUGUGUGGCUGCAGAUGACAAAACCCCAUAAGAAGGACCCAGCCUCCGAGUGGCCACACCCUGUGUCUCUGUCCUGCCAGCACCGAGGGCUCAUCCAUCCACAGAGCAGGGCAGUGGGAGGAGACGCCAUGACCCCCAUCCUCACGGUCCUGAUCUGUCUCGGGCUGAGUCUGGGCCGGAGGACCUGUGUGCAGGCAGGCACCCUCCCCAAACCCACCCUCUGGGCUGAGCCAGACUCUGUGAUCACCCAAGGGAGUCCCAUGACCCUCAGGUGUCAGGGGAGCCUGGAGACCCAGGAGUACCGUCUAUAUAGAGAAGAAAAAACAGCACCCUGGAUUACACGGAUCCCACAGGAGCUUGUGAAGAAGGGCCAGUUCCCCAUCCCAUCCAUCACCUGGGAGCAUACAGGGCGGUAUCGCUGUAUCUAUGGUAACCACACUGCAGGCCGGUCAGAGCCCAGCGACCCCCUGGAGCUGGUGGUGACAGGAGCCUACAGCAAACCCACCCUCUCAGCCCUGCCCAGCCCUGUGGUGGCCUCAGGAGGGAGCGUGACCCUCCAGUGUGACUCACGGGUAGCAUCUGGUGGCUUCAUUCUGUGUAAGGAAGGAGAUGAACACCCACAAUGCCUGAUCUCCCAGCCCCGUACCCGUGGGUCAUCCCGGGCCGUCUUCUCCGUGGGCCCCGUGAGCCCGAGUCGCAGGUGGUCGUACCGGUGCUAUGGUUAUGACUCAGGCUCUCCCUAUGUGUGGUCUUUACCCAGUGAUUUCCUGGAGCUCCUGGUCCCAGGUGUUUCUAAGAAGCCGUCACUCUCAGUGCAGCCGGGUCCUGUUGUGGCCCCUGGGGAGAAGCUAAUCCUCCAGUGUGGCUCUGAUGCCGGCUACAACAGAUUUGCUCUGUACAAGGAGUGGGGACGUGACUUCCUCCAGCGCCCUGGCCGGCAGCCCCAGGCUGGGCUUUCCCAGGCCAACUUCCCCCUGGGCCCUGUGAGCCGCUCCUACGGGGGCCAGUACAGAUGCUCCGGUGCACACAACCUCUCCUCUGAGUGGUCGGCCCCCAGCGACCCCCUGGACAUCCUGAUCUCAGGACAGAUCCGUGCCAGACCCUUCCUCUCAGUGCAGCCGGGCUCCACGGUGGCCUCAGGAGAGAACGUGACCCUGCUGUGUCAGUCACAGGGGUGGAUGCACACUUUCCUUCUGACCAAGGAGGGAGCAGCCGAUCCCCCCCUGCGUCUAAAAUCAAAACGCCAAUCUCAUAAGUACCAGGCUGAAUUUCCCAUGAGUCCUGUGACCUCAGCCCACGCGGGGACCUACAGGUGCUACGGCUCCCUCAGCUCCAACCCCUACCUGCUGACUCACCCCAGUGACCCCCUGGAGCUCAUGGUCUCAGGUGAGGGCCCUGACCCUACCUCCGGGAGUCCCAGUCUCCACCCACCGGCUCCACCCCCCACACCUGGUCUGGGAAGGCACCUGGGAGUUGUGACUGGGGUCUCAGUGGCCUCUGUCCUGCUGCUGCUCUUCCUCCUCCUCCUCCUCCUCCUCAUCCUCCGAUAUGGACGUCAGGGCAAACGCUGGACAUCGGCCCAGAGAAAGGCUGAUUUCCAAUAUCCUGCAGGGGCUGUGGAGCCAGAGCCCAGAGACAGAGGCCUUCAGAGGAGGUCCAGCCCAGCUGCCUACACCCAGGAAGAAAACCUCUAUGCUGCCGUGAAGGAGCCACAGCCUGAGGACAGGGUGGAGCUGGACAGUCAGAGCCCACACGAUGAAGACCCCCAGGCAGUGACGUAUGCCCAGGUGAAACACUCCAGACCUAGGAGAGAAAUGACCUCUCCUCUCUCCCCACUGUCCGAGGAAUUCCUGGACACAAAGGAUGCACAGGUGGAAGAGGACAGGCAGAUGGACACUGAGGCUGCUGCAUCUGAAGACCCCCAGGAUGUGACCUACGCCCAGCUGCAGAGCUUGACCCUGAGACGGGAGGCAACUGAGCCUCCUCCAACCCAGCAAAGGGAACCUCCAGCUGAGCCCAGCGUCUACGCCACCCUGGCCAUCCACUAGCCCGGAGGGGACCCAGACCCCACACUCAGCAGAAGGAGACUCGGACUGCUGAAGGCACGGGAGCUGCCCCCAGUGGACACCAAUGAACCCCUGUCAGCCUAGACCUCUGGGAACUUUGGGAAUCGCUUGAUUCUGCAGUCUAAAUAACUAAUAUCCCUACAUUUUUUAAUUAAAGCAGCAGACUUCUCAAUAAUCAAUGAGUUAACUGAGAAAACUAAAAUCAGAAGUAAGAAUGUGCUUGAACGUGAAUCACAAUAUAAAUAUUACACACCACACAAUGAAAUGGAAAAACUACAAACCACAAAUGAAAAAAGUAGAAAAGAAAAAAAAAAAAAAA